AUGGAAUUUGAAUAUUUAUCUCCUUGGGUUGUUAAAUCAUGUAUGAUUGCUUCCCUUUGUAGCCUUCUGUUAUCCACGCAUACCAUGUGGUCUCAGUUAAUAAAUUAUCGAGUCCCUCAUCAGCAGAGGCUGGUACUGCGUAUACAACUUCUAGUCCCUAUAUUCAGUGUGACUUGUCUUAUUGCCAUCCUAAAGCCCAAAGCAGCCAUGAUUUUGCUCGACCCAAUAAGAGAAAUAUAUGAAAGUUUUGUGAUAUACACAUUUUUCAGUUUAUUGACGUUGUUACUGGGCGGUGAACGAAAUAUAUUGGUCAACAUUGCUCCUGUGCAAAACAGGAUACAACAUCCAAUCCCUGUUCUAGGUAGGUGGGUUUUACCAAUGGUCGAUCUAAGUGAUCCAAAAGCAUUCUUGUCUAUAAAAAGAGGCAUAUUGCAGUAUGUGUGGUUCAAACCAGUGUAUUGCUUAGGGAUGUCUAUCUGUCAAUAUUUGAAUUGGAAACUGGGAGUUAAGGUAUUGGUAGUUGCUUAUAACAUUAGUGCAUCCUGGUCCCUUUAUGAUUUAGCCCUAUUUUGGAAGUGUUUGUAUGAACAUUUGUCCCAAUUUAACCCAUGGCCCAAAUUUCUUUGUGUGAAGUUGAUAAUCUUUGCAUCUUAUUGGCAAGGUAUGUUAAUCGAUCUCCUUCACUAUUUAGAUGUGAUGAAGGAUUAUGAUAAUGUGAACAUGGGAUAUAUAUAUCAGAAUGCAUCAUUGUGUUUAGAGAUGGUUGCAUUUGCUUUGGCACAUAGAUGGGCCUUUCCUUGGAUAGAAUACAGUGGUGAAGUUUUUCCAAUGGGCGCAAGGAUGAAGUUCCAGUAUGCUUUAAGGGAUUGGUUAGGGUGGAAGGACUUGCUUUGGGAUUUUAAGACCACUCUUGUAGGCACUGAUUACACAUAUAGAAACUUCGACGCUACAAAUACAAAUCCCGAGGGGAGGUUAAAGAGGAUAAAUGAUGGUUUACGCUAUACGAACUUGGGUACAGAACGUCACUGGAUUACAAAUAGCCCGCGUAAAUACGGAUCGAUUGGUGAUGAGAAAUGGGAAGAUAUAACUGAAGGCCUCAAUAGUUAUAUACCGGUGGAUAGUAACUAUCCCGUUGUAUGGGACGCUCAAUCCUAUAGAUAUACUCGGGGUAUCAGACAGUUACGACAAGACAUGCUUAGAGAACGCAAUUGUCAUUUGUAUGAUUCACUGGUUAUCCACUAG